UAUCAAAUGUUUUUAAGUUAGUCAAACAAGUCUAGGCAGCGUUAAAUUCGUUUUAGUCAACUUUGCCGAUGUUUCAACCUCGGCAAAAAAAAAAGACGUUUAUUCGGUAAAGGGACGUGACAAAGCGGAAAAGUCUCCCCCCUGAAGCUAAAUGCUCAAAACACAAGGACGCUAGCUCGCUUGGGUUCCCCAAAAAGUGAAAGCCAAAGAAGUUUUCAUGUUGCUUCUGAGUCGUGAUUCCCGUUGGACUCCCACUCGACAAUGAGAGAGCAUGGUGCUUCUGCGAGAAGGGAUGUGUCCUGGACUGGAUGAAGGUUUAGUGCGCCGUUUGCGAAAUGCUCGCGUCAAAACAGUGGAAGAUCUGGUCUCGUCGGAUAUCGAGGACCUCGCACAGAAGUGUUCGGCGUCGUAUCAGGCUCUGAUAGCCAUCCGCAGGGUGCUGCUGGCCCAGCACGCCGCCUUCCCCGUGUCGGGAGCCGACCUCUACGACGAGCUCCUCAGUUCCACCGCCAUCCUCUCCACCGGAAGCUCUGCCCUGGAUGCACUGCUGGAUUCGGGUGUGUACACGGGCGAGAUCACAGAGCUGGCAGGCGGGCCAGGAAGUGGCAAAACACAGGUGUGCUUGGGCACGGCGGCGCACGUCUCGCACCACCUGAGGCAAAACGUGGUCUACGUGGACACCACGGGGGGUCUGUCGGCCGGCCGCCUGCGCCAAAUGCUGCGAAGCCAGACGAGUAGCGACGACGAGCAGAUGGAAGCCCUGCAGAGGAUCAGCGUGCAUCGCGCCUUCGACAUCUUCUCCCUGCUCGACUGUCUGUACCGUCUUGGUGGCGACGGUCUUCGGCAGGAGGCGAGCGGUGGCUCCGUCAAGGCGCUGAUUGUGGACUCGGUGUCGGCCGUCAUCGCUCCUCUGCUGGGAAGCAGGCAUCAUGAAGGCAUGCACAUGAUGAGUCAAGUGGCCAUCGCCCUCAAGACCAUGGCCAAGGAUUUCAACAUAGCUGCUUUGGUGACCAAUCACGUGACGAGGAGCGAUGAGGGCGAGGUACGUCCGGGCCUGGGUGUGUCAUGGAGUCACGUCCCGAGAACCAGAGUCCUGCUGGAGCGACUCCCCGCCGCCGUAGGCCGACCCGCUCUACGCUCGGCGACCCUGAUCAAGUCUUCCAGGCGGCCGUGUUUCAUGCAAGCCGAGUUGGACCUCGAGUGUUGGAGUCGCUGCGAAAGUGCCACGUCUGGAAAGCGAAAACUGGACACUGUAGACUCUUGACAGCUAUCAACUACCUCAAAAAGGAUUCUGGUCAGCAGGGAGCCACUACCCGCCUCUUGCGGAUGCACUCCCAGAUCCAGUUGGCCGACACCCGCUGGGCCCGGCCGCCGCCGCCCUCUUCCUCCUCCGCUUUGUCAGCCACCGUGUGGGUGGCCGAGGCGGCGUCGUAG